GUUGUAUUUUGCCACCAGAGGACGCUACCUCCUGAUCAAGUUAUACGGUUUUACGCAAAAGGAUAAUUUUAAACUAUAUAAACCUGCAUAUAAAUGACCGCAUGCUCUAAGAAUUUAUUCGCUUGAUUCAAAAUGGCAGACAGUGGCAAAGAUUCCGAUAUUGGACUGGAUAAAGAGAAAAAGUCGUAUGCCGGAAUACCGGAGGCUGACUUUGUAGACGAUGUCGACGCUUUCAUGGCAGAACCUGGAAAUAAAUCAGCAGACAAAGUACUCCAGAUGCUGGAUGAGAAUAAUGGCAAAUAUAAAUUCAUGGAAUACAACUUGAUUCACAAAAGGAGGCGGUUGCAAGCAAAGAUCGUAGAUUUAGAGAAAUCAUUGGAAAUGAUUAAAAAGUUACAAUCAGAGAGCACCAAUAACAAAGAUAUAGAAACUCACUUCCUUUUAUCAGAACAAGUUUUCGCAAAAGCUCUUAUUCCACCUACCGACAAAGUAUGUUUAUGGCUAGGAGCUAAUGUUAUGUUAGAGUAUACACUUGAUGAAGCACAAGAAAUGUUGAAAAAAAAUAUUGAAACAGCAACGAAAAACAUGGGUUAUGUACAGCAUGAUUUAGAUUUCCUAAAAGAUCAAGUUACAAUGACAGAAGUGAACAUAGCACGCAUUCAUAAUUGGGAAGUUAAACGUAAACAAGCAGCUGCAGGCAAAGCAACAUGAAAUCUAUUUUUUAAUGAAUUUAUUUGCACACAAUAAUUGCCUAAAACCUAAAAAGUUACUUACUUUAUCAAGAAAAACGCCUGUGAAUGAGAAGUGCUGUCGGAAAAUGUCAAUGGAAUAAAGGAUUAAAAUAUGUUUAGGUUAUAAGCUAGAUAUACCAAUGUUUAUGUAUAUUGUCAUAAAUACAUCUGAAUUCUAACUUAACGUGUUGUUUCAUGUACU